UAGCACUUUUUCUUUUUGGGUCUUUAAUUAAUUUAGCACAUAGCCCCCUACACAAUACAGUAUUUCCCACCAGGCUCUCUUCCCCAUAAACACAAUAAAGCUCAUUAAAAUAAGCGCACAAAGCUGCUUACUUACUUUACUAAAUUGUUAAUUUCAUGGGUUUUUAGGCAACAGCAACUCUGCAGUGGCAAUCCCAGAAGUUUUUUUCUUGGUCAAAUUGAGCUGAGUUGCUAUCUGAGUUGGUCAGUGACUUUGAGGUUCUUGCAAAAGGACCCACAUAACUUUGUUUUGUUCUACCCCAUCUCUACCAUUAUUGAUCAGGUGAACUGAACAGAUGGACCGGACUAGAUUUAAUAUGAGGAUGCGUUGUUCUGGUUCAACACCAUCAGAGGAGUCAGCUUUAGAUCUCGAGAGAACCUGUUGUAGUCAUUCUAAUUUGCCUUCGUUAAGUCCGCCAACACUUCAACCCUUUGCAUCAGCUGGACAGCAUUGUGAGACUAGUGCUGCGUACUUCUCCUGGCCUACUUCAAGUCGAUUGAAUGAUGCAGCUGAAGAGAGGGCAAAUUAUUUUACUAAUCUACAGAAAGGUGUCCUGCCUGAAACUCUUGGUCAAUUGCCAAAAGGGCAGCAAGCGACUACAUUGCUUGAACUGAUGACUAUAAGGGCAUUUCAUAGCAAGAUUUUGCGGUGUUACAGUCUUGGAACAGCAAUUGGCUUUCGCAUUCGACGGGGUGUGUUAACAGAUAUACCAGCUAUCCUUGUGUUUGUUUCAAGAAAAGUUCACAAGCAAUGGCUCAGCCCAAUACAAUGUCUACCUACUGCUCUAGAGGGGCCUGGAGGUGUAUGGUGUGAUGUGGAUGUGGUAGAAUUCUCAUAUUUUGGUGCACCCGAGCCUGCUCCCAAAGAACAAUUGUACACUGAAAUUGUAGAUGAUUUGCGUGGUGGUGAUCUAUGCAUUGGCUCAGGUUCCCAGGUGGCAAGCCAGGAGACAUAUGGGACUUUGGGUGCUAUAGUUAAAAGCCAAACUGGGAACAGACAAGUGGGUUUUCUCACAAAUCGCCAUGUUGCAGUUGACUUAGAUUACCCAAAUCAGAAAAUGUUCCAUCCCCUGCCCCCUUCACUUGGACCUGGUGUAUACCUUGGUGCUGUAGAGAGAGCUACCUCAUUUAUCACAGAUGAGCUCUGGUAUGGCAUUUUUGCUGGAAUUAACCCAGAGACAUUUGUGAGAGCAGACGGGGCAUUUAUCCCAUUUUCUGAUGAUUUUGACAUGUCUACUGUUACUACAUCUGUGAAAGGUGUAGGAUGGAUUGGUGAUGUUAAGAUAAUAGACUUGCAGUCUCCGAUCAGUACCCUUAUCGGAAAGCAUGUGAUGAAGGUUGGAAGAAGUUCUGGCUUGACAGCUGGAACUGUAUUGGCCUAUGCCCUUGAGUACAAUGAUGAGAAAGGCAUAUGUUUCUUGACUGAUUUCCUUGUUGUCGGCGAGAACCAGCAGACGUUUGACCUUGAAGGAGACAGUGGAAGUCUCAUAACACUAAAAGGUGAGAAUGGUGAGAAGCCACGGCCGAUUGGGAUCAUAUGGGGUGGGACUGCAAACCGAGGCCGUCUUAAAUUAAAAAUUGGUCAACCUCCUGAGAAUUGGACAAGUGGAGUUGAUCUCGGGCGUCUUCUCAAUCUCCUUGAACUUGACCUCAUUACAACUGAUGAAGGGCUAAAAGUGGCUGUACAAGAACAGAGGAGCGUGUCAGCAACUGCAAUUGGAUCCACUGUUGGUGACUCGUCACCUCCUGAUGGGUUACUUCCAAAGGAAGGGCCUGAGGAGAAGUUCGAGUCACUGGGUCUCCAAAUCCAGCGUAUCCCUUUAGAAGCUGAACCCGGAAGCCUGCCUGUGAGUCCGUCAUUAGUAGAAACAGAGUUCCAUCUAGAAGAUGGGAUCAAGGCGGUUCCUAGUGUUGAGCAUCAAUUCAUACCAAGCUUCAUCAGAGGUUCCCCACUACAUAAUAUGAAUCAGAUGGGCAGAACAGUUUCUGAGAAUCUCUCAUCAUUAAGGAAUGGCUGCGACGAAGAUAUUUGUUUUUCACUGCAGUUGGGCGACAAUGAGGCCAAGAGAAGACGUUCUGAUACUUCAACCAGUACUGUAGAACCAAAAUGAACAUGCUUGAGAUCUCUGGCUUUAAGCUUUGGGAACCGACCCAGGCUAAUAUUGGUAAGUUAAGUUGGUCUGUAAUCUUUGAUCUCUGAUGGAGUUGGCUCCAAGGGUCCAAGCUGAUAUAUGUAAUCUUGUUAUAGAGCAAUUGUAAUCCAGCUGCCGUGUUAAGUCUUUCAGAUUUUAAGGCUGGGGAUUUGAAUCCAAGCCGAGAUCCACAAUCUCAAGUACCCUCACAUUUUCUAUCUUCCAACAACUUGUUCUUUGUGUCUCU